AUCACAAAGUAGUAAGCGUAAUAACCCCAUCAGAUAGUUUUUCCUAGAGAGAAGAAAGAAAAAAGAGGAAAAAAAUGGGAGCAUUGGGAGUGGUUAUUCACGGUUUCAUCAUGGUGAUAAUAGCCAUAUGUCUCAUGUCAGAGGAAACAAAUGCCGCACAGGGCACUGCUAUUUUCUACGAUCCCCCUUAUAUUCCCUCUGCAUGCUAUGGAAGACAAAACCUUGGUGUGAUGGUAGCUGGAGCAAGUGAUGCGAUAUGGAGGAAUCGAGCAGCCUGUGGGAAAAAUUACAGAGUCAGAUGCAUCGGAGGUGCAAACCUGGCGCCACAUCCUUGCAAGGCUGGCAACGUUGUGGUUAAAAUAGUGGAUUACUGUUCGUCACCAUGCAAUGGAGACAUAAAUCUCUCUAGAGAUGCUUUCUCCAAAAUAGCUGAUCUUAAUGCCGGAAAAGUCAAAAUUGAGUAUUUUCCGGCUUGAAGUUCUCUGGCCUAGAACAUAGCCUUCUGACAAGGGGUUUUUGAAAAUAGUGAAAUAAGCAGCUAGCUAGCUCAUGGAUGAAACUUCUACCUGCUCAAUGCAUGCCAACAUGAUGUAGAAAUCACUGUAUAUGCAAGCGAUAUAUGUUCAGUUCAGUGCUGCAAUAAAGAGAGGCCUUACUUCUUUAGAAUCGAUCAUUAUGAUGAGUAGUUAAUAACAUCAACGUAAUCCUCUCCUACAUCAAGUGUGUACCAAACCAGUCAUUGAAAAAAAA